UUUACCUUUUUUCACUUCCGCUUACUGACUCCUCGCGUCAUGUGAAUGAGAAGAAGCUAACGAAGCUGACAGGGCGAAGUAACCGCGACAUUUGCCACACAAACUUACAGAAGCAAGUCUCUCUCCACUCGCCAUCGUCCCUAGGCCCCUUCCUGUGAAGAACUGGACUAUUGGAGGCCCGCUGGCUCUGAUGGCGGCCGAGGAACGUUCGCCGCUCUUGUCCGAACACUUCGACGGGACAAACGGUUCUUCUUUUGGCGAAAGCUUGCAUGAACUUAACGCUACAUCUCAGACUGUGGCGCCCUUUGCCAGUUUGGUGGUGCCAGGUGAGCCCCCGCCCCCCUACUCUCCUCAUGGCAGCCUGGACGGCAGCAGCGCUCCUCUCAUCAGCUGCCGUGUAUGUCAGUCUGACAUUUCUUUGGAAGGAAAGAUGCACCAGCACGUGGUGAAAUGCAUCAUCUGCAACGAAGCAACUCCGAUCAAGAGCCCCCCCGCAGGUAAGAAGUAUGUCCGCUGUCCAUGUAACUGUUUGCUCGUUUGCAAAGUCAAGUCUCAGAGGAUCGCAUGUCCACGACCGUACUGUAAACGCAUCAUCAACCUGGGCCCAGCUCACAUGGACGGGGAUAGUCCAGAAAUGCAGAACCAGCCCAUCGGCAUCAGAGUAAUCUGCGGUCACUGCUCCAGUCCGUUUCUGUGGAUGGAAGCCUCAGACAAGACUUUGUCCAGAUGUCCACAUUGCCGAAAAGUCUCCUCUGUUGGCUGGCGGUACACCAGAAGAAGGAGCCUGCUGUGUUUCCUGGUCUUCGUUGUGGUCGCCGCUGCCACGGCAGGACUGAUGGUUGGAACGUGGCAACCUGCUCAGGACUCCAAAGGGAUCUAUGCCGCUUGGGUUCUGCUCAUCCUCAUCGCCGUGUGCACCCUGGCAAGGGCCAUCCAUUGGAGGUGUUUGAAAAUUAGCCAGCCCAUUUCCAACGUGACAUAGGAGCCCAGAUCUGUUUUUUUUAAAUGCAUUUAUCAGCCAUUUUCAUGUGACUCUUUUUAAGCAAAUCUCAUGAGUGCAAGAUGACAAUGCCAGUAAAGAAGAGCUAAAUCCGUAAUUUUUUUUCAAUCAAUAUGCAGCAAGCACAAGUGUCUUCUUAAAGUGGGAGUCACAUUGUUGCAUUUUGUAAAUUAAAGAUCAAUUUAGGUCAAUGUAUGCUGAGAUAUCUGAACAAAACAUCCGUAUCUUAGAUUUGUGUUCUAAAACAAAGCAAAUUAGUGUAAAGUAUGUUUACAAAGUGUUUGCUGCCCUCUUGUGGCAGACUGUGAAACAUGUUUGUACUACUGAUGUUUAUUUCUACAUUGAUUGACAAGCGGUAGAAACGGAUGGCCAGAUGCAAAAGUAAAUAAUACUUUGAACACAAA